CGAGUCCCCCCUCCUGACGCCGAGCAGUGGUUCGCUCCGCUCGGAGGCUACAGAGGUUCCUUCCUUCCUGUGGCUUCUGUGUGGAUUUGCCGUGACGCGCAGUCCUGCUUAAUGUCUGGGAGCCCACCGAGGCGCUGAGCAACCGCGGCGUCCACGCAGAGAGGGGGUGAAGCUGUCCGAAAAGGGCCGUCGUGACAGACCGUUUUGGCAGAGGCGAAAUGGACGAAGAGGAGCAGUUUGUGAGCAUCGAUCUGAACGAUGACAAUAUCUGCAGCGUCUGCAAAUUGGAGACCGAAACGGGGACGCUGUCUUUCUGCCACGUCUGCUUUGAACUCAGCAUCGAGGGUAUCCCCUCUGCCUCCCUGUUACACACCAAGUCGCUGCGCGGCCACAGAGACUGCUUUGAGAAAUGCCACCUCAUCGCCAACCAGAAGCUGUCCCAUUCCAAGGUGUCGCGGAGUGCCUAUGAGGGCAUGAAGCUGGCCCUGAGCCAGAAGCUGAACCGAAUCAUCCAGUUUGCCCAGAACAAAGACUCUCUCUCCUCCAACGGCUGCACCAGGCGGGGGGCAAAGCUCCUUUGUUACAGCCAGCAGAGCGAGCGCAAGCUGCUGCCACAGUCUGACGCUCAGGUGCCCCGCUACGCCCCCUGCUGGGACAGGGCCAAGGCAGCAGGGCUGCCUGAAUACACUGAGGGCAUGCUGCAGAGCCAGACAGCCGAGGGCGUGGAGCUCCUGCACGAGUCUCAAGCCCACGGUUGGACCAGGAAGGACCUGCACAGCUGGAAGCAGCCACCAGGACAGACGCCGCACGGAGACCAGGGGCACCGCAGGGAUGAAUUGUCUAAAAUGAGCGUGGAGGAGCUCCAUCAGCUGAACGGCCAGCUGCUGCAGCAGAUUGAAAAGGUCUUUGAGGAGCUGACGGCCGCCGUGCAGGAGAAGGACGCCUUGGCCUCGGAGCUGCACGUGCGUCACAUCGCCAUCGAGCAGCUCUUUAAGAACUGUGCCAAGCUGCCCUGGCUGCACAUCAGCAGGGCCGGCGUGAAGGCCAGCACCAGCAGUCCCCCCACGGAAUGAGGUGCAGGAAGAUGGCAGCGGGUGGACAGGUGGAGGCGGAGCAUGGCGGAGGCCGCCAGGCUGCUAGCAUCUGGAUUCUGCUAGCAUCUGGAUUCUGCUUGACUUUUACACAACACUGUCACCAGUUCUGUGUUCACACAGCAUCAAGGGCUUGGUUAGUUUGUGGUUGCAGUGAUGAAGUGGUUGGCCGUUGAAUUGCUGCUCUUGUGGCUUGAACUGGAGCUUCUUAUUACCCAGGAUGCAUGAGGACAGCUGGCACCGAUUCACCUGGCCCUAGAAAUGGAUGAGCGUCCGUGUUUUGAUGAGCUUCUUAAGGAGAAACAUUUUAGAGACUAAACAGCUUGUUUAAAUUCACUUCAACAUUUGUUAUUGUUUUAUUUUGUAUGCUUAAUUUGUUCGGUCCCUUUUUCAUUACAUUUUUACUUUUUUUUUUUUAGACUAAGGAAGCUAUGGACAUUCAGUUUUUUUCUCAUUACUCAGUCCUCCGUCUCGUCAUGAGGUUGUUUUCAGUUAAAAGUGACCAUAAUCAGUAUUUUGGUCAUCAUAAAAUGA